GAAUUCUAAAAUGUUAGGGUGGAAAUCGCCUAUUAGUGUUAUUUCUGGGCGCAAAACGCAAUUCACUAUUAAAGAAUGGCCCAAAAAUGUAAUUGGAUCAAUUACUCAAUUAGCCCAAUUAAAGAAGCAAAUAAUUUCGAAAUCUGGAUUCAGGUAAACAAAAAAAACAAAAAAGAAAAUCCAUUAUCGAAAUCAAGUUUAUUACAUCCAAAUUGAAAGUAUUUGACCCGACCCUGUCAAAUCAAGCCUCUCUCUCUCCCCGGAAUCCUCCCCUUCUCUCUGGUCGAUCUCUUUCACAGUGCAUUGUGGAAGUUCAAGCAGUUCUGAUUCCUUUAGGCAGAGGAAGAUGGAUUUUGUAUCCAAGUACCAGGGCGUUGUGGGACGUGUUUUUGGAAAUGACAAUUCGAGCUCAAAUGACGAUAGUUAUGUCGAGAGGUUGCUUGAUCGCAUUAGCAAUGGCUCACUGGCUGAGGAUAGGAGGAGUGCCAUGGCUGAACUUCAGGCAGUCGUAGCUGAAAGCGGUGCUGCUCAGUUAGCUUUUGGGGCAAUGGGCUUUCCAGUAUUGUUGAGUGUCUUAAAGGAGGAGCGCGAUGAUGUAGAAAUGGUCCGAGGGGCUCUGGAAACUCUUGUAAGUGCCUUAACUCCUAUUGAGCACGCUAGAUCAUCGAAAAAUGAGGUUCAACCAGCGUUGAUGAACAGUGAUCUGCUUUCGAGGGAAAUAGAAAGCAUUUCUCUUCUUUUGAGUCUGCUGUCAGAGGAGGACUUCUACAUACGGUAUUACACAUUGCAGUUGUUGACAGCCCUUCUUACAAAUUCACCAAACAGACUACAGGAAGCUAUUCUAACAGUUCCUCGUGGUGUCACAAGGCUUAUGGAUAUGCUCAUGGAACGGGAGGUUAUACGCAAUGAGGCAUUAUUACUUCUCACAUACUUGACUCGCGAAGCUGAGGAAAUUCAAAAAAUUCUGGUCUUUGAAGGUGCCUUUGAGAAGAUCUUUAGCAUCAUUAAAGAGGAAGGUGGUUCUGAAGGUGGCGUCGUGGUGCAGGACUGUCUGGAACUAUUAAACAAUCUUCUCCGGAAUAACGCCUCGAAUCAGGUAUUGCUUAGGGAGACAAUGGGCUUUGAACCAUUGAUUUCAAUUUUGAAGCUUAGAGGAAGCACGUACAAAUUCACACAGCAGAAGACAAUAAAUCUACUCAGUGUGUUGGAUACCAUUGCCUUGAUACUGCAUGCUAGUUCACAAACUGAUCCUGGAAAAGACACCAAUGGGUCGGCAAAUAAAACAGUCUUGGUUCAGAAAAAGCUGUUGGACUAUCUUUUGGUGCUGGGAGUUGAGAGCCAAUGGGCACCUGUUGCUCUACGUUGUAUGGCGUUCCGAUGCAUAGGCGAUCUGAUUACCGAUCAUCCAAAGAACCGUGAUGCCCUUGCAAGUAAAGUACUUGGAGAGGAGCCGGAUGCUGAGCCUGCCGUAAAUUCCAUCCUUAGGAUUAUUUUGCGGACUUCUAGCGUGCAAGAAUUCAUUGCAGCUGACUAUGUUUUUAAGAGCUUUUGUGAGAAAAAUCCCGAGGGUCAAAAAAUGCUGGCAUCAACUUUGAUUCCUCAACCGCACUCAAUUGUUCAUGGUCAACUUGAGGAGGAUGUUAACAUGUCAUUUGGAAGCAUGCUAUUGCACGGUUUGACGUUGAGUGAAAGUGAUGGCGAUCUCGAGGCUUGCUGCAGAGCUGCUAGUGUCCUGUCACAUAUUUUGAAGGAUAAUAUUUACUGCAAGGAGAAGGUUCUUAAAAUUGAACUUGAAGCGCCUACACCAUCACUAGGUGGUCCCGAGCCUUUCAUGCACCGUAUGGUGAAGUACCUAGCUCUUGCCUCGUCUAUGAAAAAUAAAGACGGAAAUGCAAGCGCAUCCGGCUCUAUGUAUGUUCACCCAAUUAUUUUAAAAUUGCUAGUUAUUUGGCUCUUCGAUUGUCCAAGUGCGGUUCAGUGCUUCCUCGAUUCACGUCCUCAUCUAACAUAUUUGCUCGAGUUAAUAUCCAAUCAAACUGCGACUGCAUGUGUAAAGGGGUUGGCUGCUAUACUCUUGGGAGAGUGUGUUGUAUACAAUAAAACCAUCGACAAGGAUGCGUAUAGCAUUGUCGAUGCCGUAAGCCAGAAAAUAGGACUUACGUCGUACUUCCUAAAGUUUGAUGAAAUGCAGAAAAGCUUGCCCUUCACAUCUGCAAAGCCAGCUAUGGCACGCAAACCACUGAGCAGAUCUAUUGCCGCCAGCAUGUCGGAGAUUGAAGAUGUUGAAGAAAACGAGACCAACGAUCAGAAGAGUGACGACCCUCCGAUGCUAGAGAUGAUCCUUGAUUCGCGUUUUAUUGUCUUUGUGAAGAGGUUAGAGGCAAAUAUUAGAGAAAAAAUCGUGGAAAUUUAUAGCCACCCGAAGAGCCAGGUGGCAGUGGUCCCAGCAGAACUGGAACAGAACAGAGGGGAAAGUGAUGAGGAAUAUAUCAAACGGCUAAAAAGAUUUGUCGAGAAGCAAUGCCUCGAGAUACAGGACCUUUUGAGUCGGUACGCCACUCUGGUAGAGGACCUAACAAAAAGCGGUGGGAGUGGUUCAUCUCACACCGAACACAAAAGCAGCAGCGGCUCCGAGAGAGUUCAAAUAGAAACAAUGCGUAGAGAUCUGCACGUAUAUUCCCAAAGAUUGGAAACCCUCAAAGCAGAGAAAGCCAGAAUCGAAGCCGAAGCCUCGAUGCACAAGGACACAGCCAUUAAAACCGAAUCCGAUCUGAAGAGCUUGUCCGAUGCAUACAAUAGCCUCGAGCAGGCUAACGACCAAUUAGAGCGCGAAAUCAAAGCACUGAAGAGCAACGGUGGAUCUGCUGUGGCUGUACCGAAUAUCGAGGCGAUAAAGGCGCAAGCACGAGAAGAAGCUCAAAUGGAGAGCGAAGGUGAAUUGAGCGAUUUGCUUGUGUGCCUUGGGCAAGAACAGAGUAAAGUCGAGAAGCUUAGUGCUCGGCUUAUGGAGUUGGGUGAGGAUGUGGAUAAAUUGCUCGAAGGUAUUGGUGAAGAUACGGGAAUUCACGACGAUGAAGAUGAUGACGACGAGGAUGAAGAUUGAUUGUUAUGCAGUUUGCGAUUUUUAUUAUUAUUUACUUUCUUUUUCGGGUCGUUAUUUAUCGUCUUUGUUUUUGUACAUUAGUUAGUAAUUUGUACAGUGUUCCAAUAAAUUAUCUGUGUCGAAAUUUGGAAUGAACUUGGGUUUUUUCUUUUUUUUUUUUUUUUUUUUUUUUUUUUUCUCGUUGGGGUCGAUUUAGACUGUUAAUAUUGGCAUGCACGGAUUUUGCUCGGAUGACCGAUAUUUUUAUGCUUAACUGGGAAGAAUGUGUCGAAAGAAGACUUUUACCGGAUUAUUGAUGUAUAAUUAUCAUAAGGCUUGCUU